AUGUCAGAACCUCAACGAAUAAAUGAUCUACCGGCCCAACACCCAGAAGAUACUACUACGCCAACUACACAAGUUGGAGCCAAAGAUGGCGAUAAUGCGACAACAAAACCAGAACCUUCACUUUGUGGUGUAUGUGACGUGAAUCCCCCAAAAUACAAAUGCCCAAGAUGUCGCCUUCCAUACUGUUCUGUUGCUUGUAACAAGAUCCAUCACGAAAAUCACCCUGCUGAUCCCGAGCCAGCACCAGCAGCACCUCGGUCGGCACUCUCUGAGUCGCUAGCAACAUCACUGCCUCAGCUCCCCGACCCUUCAAAUCCCUUUCAGGCUCUCGAAAGCUCAGAGAAACUUCGCCUUCUCUUUCGCAAAUAUCCAGGCCUUCCCGACCAGCUCCGCAAAAUAGAUGCUGCCACGCUUCCACCUCCUGAGGCCAAGCCUGCCAUCCCCGCCUCCCUCCUCAAGGGUCUGCCACCAAAGCAAGAAGCUUGGAACCAUGACAUUGGUAUUCAGAACGGAAAAGAGGCUCUGCGCAAGGCUCGUCGCGCGGACGGUGAGCAGGGUGAUGCUAUACGCGAGUAUUCAGAACUUAUCCUUCACUUGAUGAACACCGAGAAUGCACGGACGGACGUCGACAAUAUUCUUCGGCAGAAAAUGGCACAAGAGGAUACAAGACUUAUCGAACGCUUGAUGGCGCAAGAAAAGCGUUAG